ACGGUCUAGCCUACUACACCUUUAAGACGUCGAAACUGUGCGAAUUGGGAGUGGGCAAAUGUUCGACUGUAAAAUCACAACACUUGGCAAUGGGAAAACUGUGAAGAGGACCUUCUGCGCUGACCACUAGUUAUAGAAAAGGUUUGAAAUAAUGUGCACCAAAAGGCUAUUUUGCCAUAAUAACUAUGUCUGAAAAGUGAUACGGAAACCAUUAAAUGCAUGUGGGAUGAGGUUUGCGCAAUGGAUGCACAAGGGUCUUGGUCUGCAUACGUCAACACAUUUUGUGACAGUUUCCAGGGCUGACAUGUUUACGUUUUGAUUUGCCUCUAGAAUGUUGUAUUUUAAUCGUCUCUGACAUUUGACAUAAAUGUAUUGCCGAUCAGCAGGGAAAUUGUGCUGCUAAAGUGUGAAAUAUGUUUCCAGUUGAUUUUCUUGAGUUUUGUUAUCUACCACAUUCUCCAUUUUAACUCCGUCUUUAGCCAGCGACAACGAUAUUUAUCUCAUCGACACAAAAAUAUCUGCCGGUAUACUGCAUGUUGUACUGUUGUGGAAGCAAGGACAGGGAGAAGCAGCGCCCGGACGCUGCAGAGGUGUCGAGAAUUCUAGAGACAGAGCCAGAGAAAAACCGAAAGAGCCAAGAAAGCGCACCUCAACCACUGGACAUGUACGGAAUAGCGGCAAUGCCCGAGCUUCUACCACCCUCUGGCGUACUCCAGCCCAGCUCAGUAAUCCCACGCGAGUCGGGUGAGGUGCCUGGUUUGUGGAAUGGAUUCAACAGGGGUGUGCUGAGUUUUGACUCCCCCCAGCGGAGACGUGUUCAACGGGCCCCGAAGUUAGGGCAAAUAGGACGGUCGAAGAGAGUGGUUAUAGAGGAUGACGACUUGGAUGAUGUCAUGAAACACAAUGGCCUCCCCAUAUCAAUCAAUAUCUCUCCUGUUGCCUGAACAACUCUGAUAGUGUCCAGACCUCAAGAGGCUAUUAUGCUCAUUCGUGAAAUUCUGAAGUGUGUACCACUUGUUCUGGACAAUGUCCAAUUCAGGUGCUCAUUGCAAAGUUUACAAUAGUAGCAUGCGCAUCACAUGUAGUUUAGCUCUUCCUGGACACAGGAAGGUCGGUGUCCCAAGGAAAUAGAAGUUUAAAACAGUGCAUCUUUGCUUCAGCUGCUGUUCUGGUGUUGAAGGGGGGACUUGAGGAGAGGGGAGCAAUUAGGAUAGAUUUGGGUCCCGGACAGGCUGAAACAUAAGCACACAAGAGAAGGCCCUACCCAUCAAGACCUGCCCCUUCAAAAUGAGUUGACCUGUUUGUUUAUUGUUCAGUCUUUAGUGUCUAAAUUUUAAACACUCCAUCCAAGAUGUUAUUUUAAUUUAUGUGUCAAUCCAACCCAUAUCUAAUUGAGAAAACAGCUACUCAUAGUGCUGGGAAGUUUUCACAAUAUUAUUUAUUUUAGAUUAUGUAAGCUUUUUCAGUGUUUCACAUAUGUUGACAACACUUAUUUUAGUUUUUGACAGUUGACAACACUGUCUCGUUUUGGUGCAAACUAAUUGUCUGUAAAAUCUGUUGUAAAAUGUGUUAGAUACACUGAAGGCUUUAAUUUGCUGUUGUAACAUGUCAUAAUCAUUGUCUUAGUAUAACAUAUGUUGUACGGUAUGUUACUUUUACCCCUGAGUUGCUAGACAAAAAGAGUUCCCACUGUGAACUAUUUAUGGAACUUCUAUGUAUCCCUGCAUCAAGGUGUAAUAUACAAAUUUUCUACAA